AUGACCUUUGCCGCUCUUCGCUCGCUUUACGCCCUGAUCGGCGACGCCCUCGAUGAUAUCGAGCGUGUCUACCAGGACGCGUCAUUCGAUGCCCCGCCCGCAACCCCUGCCACGCCCUACGACGUCCUCGCCUCGCCGACGACGCCCUAUCGGCGCCAUCGUACUCGCAGCUCCCUGGAAGAGGACGAGACAGGCCCGAUUCACUUCCCCGUGGGCCGUCCUCCGAAGACGCCUCGGCGGGGGCAUCGCGGCGCGGGUUCAUCAACCGACUUCCAGCUGCUCGACUUCCCUGCUCUCGACAAUCCUUAUUACCCAACCGAAGGGCAUGCCCAGGAAGAGGACGCCGCAGAGUCCCUUGCAUCGCAUCCUGAUGUCAUUGCAGCCACAAACCGGAUCGUGGCCGCUUGCGGGCAAAUAGGCGCUACCGUUCAUCGACCGUUCUUGACGUUGUGCGAUGCCGCCAUGGGCUAUCAUCUCCCGGCAUGUUUGCGAUUCCUCGAGGCGUCACAUACCGUCGAGAUUCUCCGGACUGCUGGUCCGGAUGGGAUGCAUGUUCGCGACUUGGGUCGACAGCUCGGCGUUGAGGAAGGGAAAUUGAGUCAUAUACUUCGUCUGCUCGCCACGCACCAUAUUACCCGAGAAGUUCGCCCCAAUGUCUUCGCCAAUAACCGGAUAUCAGCGAUCAUGGACUCGGGUCGCUCCCCCGAAGAUUUGAGACGCGCUCCGCACGAAAAGUACGAGACCACAAACGGAAUAGCGGCGUUCAUGAACCUCUGCACCGACGAGCUCUUCAAGUCUUCGGCAUAUCUCGCAGAUUGCUAUUUGCCUUCAUCCUCACGGAAGUCCGGGGAGGACGAGAACCCCAUGCAUGCGCCUUUCAACCUCGCGUUCAACACAACGAUCCCUUACUUCGAGUGGCUUGAGCAGCCCGGGAAUGAAUCAAGGCUGCGACGCUUUGGUCCGGCUAUGACCGGUACCGCUGCUUGGGAAGUCCCUGGCGCCAUCAUCGCUGGGUUUCCUUGGCAGGAUUUGGACGAAGGUGCCUUGGUAGUUGACGUAGGAGGGGGGAUUGGCUCAACGUCCAUGCUCCUCGCACAUACUUUUCCGCAUCUCAGGUUUGUCGUCCAGGACAGGCCGCAAGUAGCCGAUCAUGGUGUUACGGCGUGGCGGGAGCGCUGCCCGGAAAUGCUCGACACCGGACGUGCCAUGUUCCUGGCCCACGACUUCUUCCAGCCGCAGCCUCCCCUGCUUCUCCCCGGAUCCACUAAUGCGGUUGUUCCUUCUGUUUAUGUGUUGAGGGUAAUCACGCAUGACUGGCCGGACACGUUCGUGACUAAAAUCCUUUUGAACCUUCGUCUCGCCGCGGGUCCCGACACCAAGCUACUACUUGCGGACCACAUACUUCCACUGGCAUGCGUCGACGAAGACUCGGAGGAUGAGUUUGGACGCGACCAUCUUCCUGGAGCGCUUCCUUCCCUCGCCCCUGAAGGUUCCUUGCUGCUUCCAAACCUUGGCAAGGCUAACGCGAACGCGUAUUGGCUAGACCUCACGAUGCGCGCAACAUUCAAUGCCCAGGAACGUACCUUGCGCGAGAUGGCUGCCCUCACCCUCACAGCAGGGUGGAAGAUCAUCGACGUCGUUCACGCCGAGGGGUCUCUGUUUGGCCAUAUGACUGCGAUUCCGGUCGAGAUCCCGGAAGCAUCUCUUGCGUUGCUGGAGCCCCCUGUCAUCGCACCUGAGGUCCCAUCCGCAAGUGGUGGCACACGCACGCGGUCAGGGUCCGUUGCAAGCGCCUCUGAUACGGUUCGCAGAGGAGAGACUUUCGGAACGCUGUCCCAUUUGCCUACGGAGGAAGCCAUUCGCAAGCCGACGCGACGCGACAGAAAGCCGCUGAUUUCAUGGUGGCGAGGCAGGAAGGAUUCACAGACGUCCAAGACCGGGAAGCCUACCACACCCGAAAGUCCCGCGUACGGCCUGCGCGCGCAGAAGGGCCGCCCAAAGCUCGCGAUCGUGACAAGUUCUCCCGGGCCUCCUACGUACCUCCGUUCUGCACUCCGCUCGCCGCCAGUGCGGACGGCGUCCAUGGUCCGCCUCUCCGCGCACGACUCGGACAGGACGGCAUUCUCUUCCCCGGAGACGACCCCGGAUCACACGAAGAUUGCGCACGAGACCGUGGUACUGCAGGGCGCGCUGCUGCCCGAACCCGACUCCUCCCCGAUGCUUCUCCCCGCGCUCGAGCCGGCGCCACCGAGACUGCGAACGAUGUCGAGCCGCACGUCGCUCAGGAAGAAGGCGAGCCAGGUGUUCGAGUUCAGCAAGGCCUCGGUCGCAAGUCUGCGCUCUGCCGCGCUCGGCGGUGGAUCCUCGCCUCAUGCUGUGCCGCCUGUACCGCCGCUUCCACCUAUGCCUCCCGUUCUGCCUAUUCCACACGCCAAAUCCUACGGAGGCUUGACCCCCGAGAUGGCGCGUAGGCCGGGUGAGGACGCGAGGGAUGAUGGAGGGAGCGCGGCCGUGACGAGCCUCCGGAAGAUGCGCUCGCGCUCUCAGCUGGGGCUGGCGCGUGUGCAUGUAGAGGUGCACUCUGGGCGGGCAAGGGACGCUGGCCGCGUCGAGAGGAUCGAGCGCGACUCGGACGAGUAGGCCUCCUUCUCAGGAUAGGCUCACCCAAGGGAAACUCGAGUCGUAUGUACGUUGUGGACUCGGAGAGGCGUGUGCGUAUCGGGAUUUAGCCGGUCUUGGUGUACUAUCCGCGGUGCUCUUGAUGGAAUCGGUCGGACGGUGUACUCCUACGUUAUUUAUCUCAGUGCAUCGGUAGCUGUCUCCUUCGUCUUUGCCAGGCUGGCUGUCUAUUUAUUGGGCACUGGUGUUCGUAUGGGCACCCGCGCCGCGCGCAGCUGUACACCUUCACCUGUAGUACCAUCGCAAUGCUUUCGUUCGCUGUACUGUAGCCUUUUG